AUGCGACCAUCAUCGCUCCUCCCGCUAUGUGGGGUUCUAAACUUAUCGAGCGCCCUGUCAACGGCCCCAAUCAACGACAAUCCGAUCAAAAAUGAAAAUCACAUUUUCAACGUGAUCCAAGACUCAAUGCGCCAGUGGGGAUCCUCUCUACACCACAACGGCGUGUCAUUCUUCCUCGCGGCCGUUCCCGCCGGUACACAAUUCUACCAUGGAACCUCCAAGGCCACCCCGGUGAACGGCACCGAGUGGUUGGCCUUUGAGCCCGAACAUGCCAUGGUCUUCGCCCGGCCGCGACGCGGCCCCCCGCCACACCUAUCAUCCGAAGAUCCUGAUACCGAACGACAGGAGGGAGGCCAUGGCGAGCUGCGGAAGCGGGAACACCAUGGCCCGCCGAAGGUAUUCGAUGAGAAUGAGUCGGGUUACUUGCAUACGUAUGUUGCAGCCAAGGAUCUCCGCCUUUUGUAUCUUGACGGUAUGUCUGCUGCCAAGACAUCCAAGGGCACGCUUGAUUCUCAGGAUGCGGUUCUAUUCAGCGGCGCGUUCGAUGAUGCCCCGGGUCGGGGUGGUAAUCAAGAGAACGAGCGCGCUAGACUGGCUUGUGAGAUGGCCGAGAAUGAAUGGGAAGGUCGCAUUGAUGGUGUCCUGCGCAUGGAGGCUGGCUUUGAGAUUAUCCUGUGCGACUUUGAGCGCGAUCUAACUCCCGUGCGAAUCACGCAGGUCAAGCAGAACUCUGAGGAACAACGUGGUCCUAGGGGUAACCGUAAACAUGGCGACCGGGAUGGUCCUCACAAAGAGGGUGAUGACAAGCACCACGGCGGCCAUGGCCCGAGCAAAGAGGAUGAUGGAAAGCCACGCGGCCCUGGUGGCCCUGGUGGCCCUGGUGGUCCGGGAGGUCCUGGUGGUCCGGGAGGUCCUCCCCACGGCGGACCUGGAGGCGGCCCCGACUCGUCGCGAUGGAUGCGCGCCAUCACCGCACGCUACAACGGAAUCGGAGGAAACCGAGUUUCGCUGAACUUCAACCACUUUGUGACAGCCUUCUCUCACAAUAUCGACCUAUUCCAAGACAAUUCAACACUUCCCCGACUUGCCAAUGUCUCUCCUGGGAGUCGCGCUUCCAUCCUUGCCGAAGUCACGAAUAUGAUCAUGACUCAGAAUCCUGCCGAUGCCAGCGAGGACUGGCAGGCGAUUACAGAUAUGAUCGUGACUCGGUAUAGCAAGGAGCUGUCAUACUUUGGUUCCGGCAGCAUUGAUUCAAUCGAACGCCUGCAGUCCGAGAUUGACCGUGUUUUGUCCCCGUUCAUUGACUACAGUAAGCGAGAUGAUGUCGCUGAGAUUGAGCGUUGUGCGACUCAGUUCUUGCCGUUGCCAUCUUUGGAAGGUGGGAGUAUUGCGGCGCAGGCUGUUCACGGUGUUGCUAGCAAAAUCUGCUCGUCUUUGCUUGAGGCUGGGAAGAAACAGGAGCUUGAGUCUGCUGUACAGGUUGUCCGGGAUCUGGUUGGUUAUCUUGAUUGGGCGACGUGGAAGGAGUGCAGGGGCUGUGCAGCGAAUGAGAUUUGUGUCGUACCUAUUUGGCCCAUGGGUUCAAUCCAAGACUAUGAAAGCCCUAAGUGUAAGGAUGCAUCAAGCCCAUACGAUCAGGAUGGAGAGAAUUACUGGGGUGGAAUGCACCACUGA